AUAGCAACCCGGAACGGCGCUUCCCUGGCUCUCCCUCUUUUCAACCUUCCUCCCCAACUCCAACUCCCUAUCCCCUGAGGUCUAACAUAGGGUCUCCCUUUAGACCUCUCCGUCUCCCCUCCCGCCGAGUAGCCCAAGAUUUCAUCAGCCAGGGUGAUGGCAUCCACAUCUGCCAGGAACGGAGAGAAAAAGGACAGCUGGCCAUCUCAAGCUGCAGCCGCCUUAGGUGGAGGGCAGAAAGUCUCAUUAUCCCGUUCUGAAGAAUUCCUGACCCAAAUCAGCACAGAACUCACAGAUGAAGCACUAUUUAUUGCUCGCUCCCAUGUGAACUCUGUGCCCAUCAAGGAAACAAUGCAGACAAAAGACCAAGGGACUCAGAUAUCAACUAGACAUGUGGUCUUCACCAAGACCCGCGGCACAGACACCCGCCUUCUCUUUUCUUCCGCUGCCUCCAGCACUGACAGAAAUCGCACCCGCUCUAAGGCGCACCUUCUACCAUCUCCUCGUGAAAAGGGAGUACUUCCCAACAGCCUGACAACUGGAGGGUGAGCCCCCCUCCCUGUGCUGCUCUCUUGGCCUCUCCCUCCCCUACUCUGCUCCUCAGUGAAAGCCUCAACGCCCCUCCUUUGCGACUGGCUAAACACCUCAUCUCGGGAGGAACUCCUGCUCGCCAGCAAUGCCACCUUUGAAACCAACCAAGUUCUUUGGACCUGUUGCAGGACUGUCCAUCUUCUAUGGGCAAUCACACUACUGAGGAGAAAAGUUUUAAUAAAGAGCCAGGGAUCCUCCCUCUCCCUCCAACUUCA